GUCAUGGCGCAUCUCUACGUUGAUUUGACUCCGAGUACGAAGUACUAUGAUAAGAAGUCGGGCUUGACCAGAGAGGAGUGGUAUGAUAGUUUGCAGAGGUCGUCGACGCUGUAUGUUGGCAACCUCAGCUUUUACACAACGGAGGAGCAAAUUAUGGAAUUGUUCUCGAAGUGCGGUAAAGUUAAAAAGGUGACGAUGGGUUUAAAUCGAUUCAAGAAAUCCCCCUGUGGCUUCUGCUUUGUGGAGUACGACUCCCGAGAGGACGCGGCAUGGGCACAGAAUUUGCUCAAUACCUCUAGCUUUGAUGAUAGGGUCAUCAGAGUAGACUGGGACAGCGGAGUGUCAGCAGGAAGGCAGUUCGGUCGCGGUCAGACAGGUGAUCAAUGGCGAGAUGAUUUCCGGGAUGACUUCGACCCCUCUAGAGGGGGCCAGGGCCGAGGCUUAUUGAAGGCACUUGAGAGCGGUGACGGUAACCAGUUGUUUGUUGGGAAGAGGGAUAGAGAGACACGGUCUAACGACUUCUACUAUGGCCAGCGUAAGGGUGGAGGAGGAGGAUUCCGUCGUGCAUCAUUUGGGUCGUAUGGGAGUGGAGGAAAGGGCACCUAUUCACAGUAUCAGCAAGGGGGAAGGCAGUACCAGUCGGAAGGAGGUGGUCAGCAGGGAGGCGAGGAAAGGCCGUAUAAGAGGGCACGAUACUAGGA